UUUUUAUGUAACAAUCAGAGUAUCUGUGAGAAAAACAGUUCUGUAAUUUGUCAAAGACCGCGGCAGCUAUCGCCAUGUAUAAACACACAGCUAGACGAAAAGCUCCGCAUUUAUAGCAUUCCCAGACUCGUUCAUGCUAAAAUGUCGCUACAACCACAAGUGGCGGAGGCACCGGAGGAAAGACUGAGCUUCUUUAUCGGUGCGGACCCGGUCUCAGGGGGAGAGGAGGAGGACCAUUCCCAUCAUUGUGAGCUCAUUUUGGAGAAAGGAAACGCAUUGGCUUCGAAAGACUGUCUAAAGGAAGCCAUUGACUGGUUCUCCGCGGCCGUGCGCUAUGGCCCCGUGCGACCCGAGCAGCUCAGCACCUUCGUGGACUGUAUUCUCCGCAAUUUCAAGACGAAAACGGCCGGACGAGAAGGACCCACAGGCCUGGGUGAGGAAGAAGGGGAGGACUCGGUGUUGCUGGAGUGUCCCAACUGUCGGGGCUUUUUGGGCGAACCCGUGACCGUAGCCUGCGGACACUCGUACUGUAGAAGAUGUUUGCACCGGCGGUUGCUUUCGAAAUGCAAACUGUGCUGUGAACCUGUCAGCGGCGAGGAGAAACUGAAUGUAACUCUGUGCGGACUUGUAGAAAAAUGUUUCCCAGAGGAGCUGAAGAAGUUGAAAACAUUAAGUGAAGUGGACGCCAUGUGUAAAAGGAAACGCUACAGAGAAGCUGUUUCACACGCGACUGCUGUUCUCCGGUCAGAUCCACACAUGAUGGCGGCUCGUCUGUCUAGAGCGGAAGCAUACAUGGCUCUCAAGCAGUACCGACUGGCUUUAGAGGACGCCGAAUUCUGUUCCAGAUCCACUUGUUCUGCUGAAGCCUUGUUUAGGAAGGCGAUGGUGCUGCAUGAAAUGGGGCAGGUGGACAAAUCCCUGCAGGUCUUCCUCCACUGCCUGUCUGUCAAUGAAGACUUCCCAGGAGCUAAAAGACAAGUGGAAAAGAUCUUGUGUGACCUUCUUUCCCCCGCGGAUGAGAAUAUUAAAGUCGGCCUGAAGGAAACCACUCAGAACACGUUGCCUCAUUUACGCAGCAAAGCCCUUAUGGCAGAAGCACAACCACAGUGUCCGGUUCAGAGAGCACACCAACAGCAGAACCGAGCUGUUUCCGCACACCAAGUGAACAGCCAGGAGAAACGCUGGGAAAGUCUGGAGCGGCCCGGUCUGAGCCGAACUCAAUCGCUGCGAACGCACGGCUGCAACAGUGGCGAUGAGGGACUGAAGAGAGUCAGCUCUGCUCCUCAGCUGGGCGACCAGGACAAGGGAAGUCUGCUGAAGAGGAAGCUGUCUGUGUCCGACCUGGAAUCCUGCUUUGUGGACAGUGGAAGUAGCAAAUACAAGAAGCAAGGUGUCACCAAAGGCUCCAAACAACACAUUUCCAAAGCAAAAACCUGCAAAAGUGUUCCUGAGGGUAUGCUGGACUCUAGUGACCUUGAGUGUUCUCUUUGCAUGAGAUUGUUUUAUGAGCCUGUGACAACUCCAUGCGGUCACACCUUUUGUAAGAACUGCUUAGAGCGCUGCUUGGACCACACACCGCACUGUCCGCUCUGUAAAGAGAGCCUGAAAGAGUACUUGGCGUGUCGGAAGUACAUGGUAACCACAGUCCUGGAGGUGCUAAUCAAACAACACCUGAGCCACGAUUAUGCAGAGAGGACGAAAACUCAUCUAGAAGAAACCAGAGAGCAUUCUGACCUGACGAAGAAUGUGCCUAUCUUUGUGUGUACCAUGGCUUACCCCACCGUGCCUUGUCCUCUGCAUGUCUUCGAGCCUCGUUAUCGCCUCAUGAUUCGCCGCUGCAUGGACACCGGCACACGGCAGUUUGGAAUGUGCAUCAGUGACUCCCAAAAGGGGUUUGCUGACCAUGGCUGCAUGCUGAUCAUCAGGAGUGUCCAUUUCCUCCCCGAUGGGCGUUCUGUGGUUGACACAAUCGGAGGAAAACGCUUCCAGGUUUUGUCUCGAGGAAUGAAGGAUGGUUACAGCACAGCAGACAUUGAAUACUUGCAGGAUAGCAGGGUGGAGGACACGGAUGAACUGGAAAAGCUGCAGGAACUGCAUGAUGCAGUGUAUGAACAGGCCCAGGUCUGGUUCCAGAACCUCAAGAUCCGCUUCCACAACCAGAUCCUGCAGCACUUUGGACCAAUGCCAGAACGAGAAGCAGACAUCCAGGCAACCCCGAACGGUCCAGCAUGCUGUUGGUGGCUUCUGGCUGUUCUGCCCAUCGACCCUCGGUACCAGCUCUCUGUCCUCUCCAUGACCAGCCUCAAGGACCGGCUGGUGAAAAUCCAGCACAUACUCACAUACCUGCAGAGCAUCCCCAACAACUAAAGCUUCCCUGCAGCAAACACGCUUUUGGACUUUCCCAAAAUUAAGCUUCAACUUUUGCCUCCGUUACCAGCUAACAACAGUUAAAACACAGCAAGACCCGUCAUUGUCUUGUGCAUGAAAGUCACACAACCAAAAUUGCAAUAUCCUUGAGUUGUGGAUCAAUAAAGAGGCCAAACUCAGGGAUAGCCACAGUAUCAUUUUGUCUUUAGCAAGUCGAAGAAAGAAAGAAAUCUGAGUUUUUUUUAAAAAGAUUCUGCAACUUUUACAGAGAACUUCCAUGACUGGUGUGCUUACCAAAAAGUGAACAGAAGAAUGACUGACAUCCGGAUGGAUGCUCUUGCAAAAUAUUUUUUAAUAUUUUAAUAUGGAGAUGAGGUGUGUUGAAAAAUGUUCCACCAGAUUCAUGUUUAUGUAAAGGAGGGCAGAGUGGUAAAAUCCUAAAUGCUGAAAGUCCAAAAAGUGAUAACAAGACAAUACACUGUUUCCCAGCACUUUAAGAAGGCACUCAAACAUGCUUCAGAGUUAUCUGGUUUAAAGUGAAGAUCUAUCAAAAGGACUUAGGGGAUGCACCUACAGUGUCAAUCAACCAUCAAUGAAAGUAUUAUCUUUGAAAAUCCACAUUUUCUUGUUUUUCCUCACAAGCUUAACACGCACAACUUCCAUUGCGGUUGGUGCCGAGUGGCAGUUAUCCUUUUUUGUUUAUAAGGUUAUAUAUUUUUCAUUUUUCUCCCCAUUUUCCUUUUUUUAUUAUUAAUCUUUUUAUUUCAGGUGUAUUAUGUUAAAAGAAGCCCUGAAAUGUAUAUUUUUUUCCAAGUUCUUCCUGUAAUUUCUGUGGGACUCUCCCUGUUUCUUCUUUAGCCCAGUUUAAAUCAUCUUUUUUUUUGGUUUUGUUUUUUUAAAUCCGUUGGAAACCAAAAUCUUUUGUGAUGGACACAUUUUCAAAUGACAAUUUCAACGGUCCAUUGAUUCCGUGCUCCUAUUCUGCCUCAUUAAAACUAAAUUCAACCUGCCGCUAAAUAAUUGUGAAUUGGAUGAUUAAAAUAUGAAUUUUGACACCAUUUUUCUUUUAGAAAUACGAAGGGGUUUUUGCAAUAUAAUGACAAAUCCAAACCAGAAAAGAACUUUUCAUGGGUGAGCAUUUGUUUUCAUUUAAAGCUGCUUUCUCUGCUUGGAGGAGAAGAGGAUGCCUGCAGUGCUUCAGUUGCGGGACUGCAUUUGCCUUAUACCAUUUUUGCAUCAAUAGGAUAAUACUGGGCUUGGUUUCCAUUCCUUCUUUUUUGCCACAGCAUGAAUGUUUUUUUUUCUGUCUUAUUUAGUUUUAAUUCUAUUGUUCACAGUGUUUAAAAUCUGAGCAAAACAUGCAACCUAAGUUUGAAGCUUUUUAAUGUAAACCAUUUGUAUGAAAGGUUUUGGGCAAAUGAUGCAUUUUCUUUUUUUUUUGCUCUCAUGUUUUAAGUUAUCAAGUUUCAAAAUAAAUGCACUUUUUUCAGCA